ACCGAAGUUGUCUCACAAACACUCCUUUGCCCGUCAAGACCUGGAACGAAACCUCAACUACAUCACUAUCCGGAAAGUAAAUGGGUAUUGAGAAUCCUCCUCAUCCGUCACAACAAACUUGGCCUCGUACUGCCCAAUCUGAUGAAGCCCAGAUGCCCUCCCCCGGUGCCCCCUAGGCUCACAGCUGAGCCUCUGUCCCCUGCAACCCAGCCGACUGGCGCACCACCAUCAUUCUUCUACUUCAUAGCCAUUGGCUCCGCCAGACCACCUUCGAGACCUCCUCCUCCAGGCUGCCAGUUUGCUGUGCUACCAAACCCUGGCUGCUGAGGGCCCAGUCUUAUCACGUUCCCACGCUUAGAUCGUUGGCGUUAGCUGCUUGGUGACCCUUGCUCCGUGCCGGCUCCCGUCUAUUCUCUGGGGCCGCCCAUUCCCCUCCCUCCCUCCCUACCUCUCUCGUAGCAGCACCGCGGCGGCGCCACGGCGAAAGGCACCAUCUUUCAGCCCAUUGAUAGCCUGGUCGUCCCCCUCACUUCAUGGCCAAAAGUACAGAUCCAUCCUCCCCGUUGUCCAUCAUGUCUCUCGCUUCAACCUGAGUCUUUUGCCUCAAUUUCUCGUCAGACACUUGGCCUAUAGCAGAACUCACCAUCGAUAGGGUCAAGAUCCCUUUCCCGCCUCACUUACACGCUCUACGACGCUCUACUUGACAAGGCUGUGGCAGCCAGCCUCCAGCCCGAGCUUCAUGUCAGCUUCACCUUCAAGUUCGCACGCGACCCAGACUGGUCGCCCUUCGCUUUGGAAUGACUCGGCCGAGCGCAGAUUAGCUAGGCUCUAUGUCUACACGACCUUGCCCCUCACCAAAAUUGUGGAAGUCGUUCAUAGAGUAACUCCGGGAAAACGAGACUGUCCAGGAAAGGACUCAGCCAACAAGAAAUUGAACUCAAUCCUUGACAAAGAGCCGCGAUGGCUUCACCCACGAACCCGGACAGACAUGGAUCGGCGCAUAAGCGCCCUCGAUAACUCCCCAACCCGCCAGAACACGCCCGAGAAUGCAUUUUCGCCAAACUACUCUCGCUCAAUUUCGUCCGGCGCCCGAUCGCAUCUGAGCGUACACCCCGACUUCAAAUACGAAGGCGGCAACAGCCCAACAGUCAACGACUUCCAACCCUUUCAUCACUCGCGCUCAUCUUCCGCUGGCUGGGGCCCGCCAGCCCCGGGGCCGCUUCCGACAUUAGUGACCACCGAUAUUGCGUCCGUGCCGCCGCCCGAAGCCGGAAUCCACCGGCAGACAACGACACAAACCCUGCAGGAUGUGCUUUCACAGUAUUCAACUGGAUUCCGUCAUCAAGUCAGCAGGCUGUUGAAGCGCUACACGAUGCCGAGCAACACGAUGAUGAAUCAAUCACCGGCGGACGACGACCGACCUGGCACUGCCAACUCUAACCCAGCAUCGUGGAUAUUCGAGUACAAUGCGCCACAGAGAAACUCGGAAUCGCAAGCUGCACCCCUGCCCGGCGACUAUCUCAACCUACCGUACCACCUCCUCAAACAAGGCUUUUGCUCUGAAGGGCUUGCGGAGCAUGAUUCGCGAUCUUGCUUCUGCCACGUACGAGACGAGCUCCCGAAUGACUCUUGGGUCACCGGCUCAGGUCCAACUCCGUUUGCCCAACACAUCUUGCAUUGUGGAGAGCCUCCAAAUCAGGAUUGGAACACUCGCGACCCCUUCGGCCACAGUAUCCUGCAUCUUCUUGCAGCCGGGAACGCUCACCACGCCCUCUUGUUCAAGGCAAUCGAGUCGUCCCCCAACCCCUCAGUUACGAAUAGCGCCGGCCAGACAUUCCUACAUCUGCUCAACGACAGCUGGUUUACCCAACACGCCGAUUCUCUCUUCCAACUCAUUACUCAUCUGAAGCGAUCCGAUUUUGACUUGUAUGCUCGCGAUGUGUACGGGCGCAACUUUUGUCACAUUAUCCACUCAAAACAGCCGAGCAUUCUGAGCCAGGAGAUUAAAAAUGCCCUUCUUAACCAGUUUAACCCCAUGGCAUACUGCUGCCGCGACGCUUUUGGCAACAUUCCUGAAUCUGCCCCCAUCGCACUGCCAAUCCGGAGAGCCUAUACUGCUGCUGUCGGGCAAGAGAUGUCCUCAACCUGGGAUUCACAUACGUUGCGCAGGGGUCCUUCCCCUAUCGAGGAACAAGCACAACUUCUGAAGCUCGUCAACGAAGCACACACCAACACCCGAGUACAAGAUACACAAGGACGAAACGGUCUGCACUGUCUUGCCGAUGCUAUUCUCAGCCAGGAGUCAUUAUUCGCCAGGUUCCCCCAACAUCUCGCGCAGGCAGCUCCCGCAGAGCAUUCCGGCGGUAGCAGCCGUAAGCGCAAACACAACAAACCUAGCAAAACACUCACAGACUCCUCAAAGGAGAGACUCACUGCCAGGGAAAAGGUCGUGAGAGACCUCAUUGACCUCGGCGUUGACGCAAACCACUACGACAAAUACGGCAACACCGUGCUGAUGGCUUUUGUGGCCCAGCUACCCGAAGACGACGACUACAAGAAGCCCGUCAACAUCUUGGAGGCUCUCAUCGAUGCGGGUGCCGACGUCAAUGCCCGUAAUAAGAAUGGCGAGACCGCGCUGCAUGUCGCAGUCCGCAGAGGCAAAAAGCUUGCCAUGCGUACACUUCAACAACACAACGCAAACGUACAAGCCCGGGACGUGGAAGGUCGAAGUGUGCUUGAUGUAGCCGACAAAAUGGUAACGUCGUAUAAGCAGAACCCUCACUUCUCACACUACGAGGCUUGCCAUGCUUGGCUUUCGGGGCAAGCCAAGGCUGUUCAAUACCCAACAAUACACCAAGAAUGGGAGUUGCGAGACUCUUGAGAAUCUUGGGGAGAGAAUGAAUGGUUAGUGAGUGGAAAGAUGGAGAUACACAAAAGUUUGAUGGGUCUUGCUCCGAACUUUUCCCUUGUUUGCGUAGAAGUUCGUGGUGUUUGGCGUUGCUGUUGCUUUGAAGGAUAGAGAAACGAGCAAGGGGUGGUACAUGAGAGUGUAAGAUGGUAACGACAGCAGAACAUUAUUAG